AUGGAACAUCCAGACUUGUUUCAAUUGUUUAAUACCUCUUGGACCAUACACCGUCUCUCGCCUCUCCACCACGGGAAGGACUGUGAAACUCUCCUUGGCAACGAGGUCGCCCUCAAAGCAUACGAAACGCGCCUACGUGAACAUCUCACAGGCGAAGUUCUUGCUGGGGUUCAAGCAGAUACUAUCGCGGAUGAUGGUGCGCUUGCAAAAACAGGCGCUCUCAACGAGUGCCUGUGGCAGCCUAUCUCUCCCUCGCGUGAAAUGUCUGAAUCUCAGGGCGUACUCCAAGGCAUCCUAGUGACACUGGAAUAUGAAAACAUCACCUACAAAGCCGCUCUUCUUACAGACUCGUCCAACGACCGCAAGGGAUCUACCUCUCUCCCUCUUGUCCUAACCAGAUUCCCAACCGCGCUGCGGCAAACAUUCCUUGCGUUCUUAUCUGCCAAUUUCGAUACUUACAUCUCUCCUCUCCGACUGCCUUCAAACUUUCUCUGCGUCGGACUUGAGACUUAUAUCGGGGCUUUGCAGCGUGCCGAGACUGUCGAGACCAUUAGAGAGCUUCAACUCACACUUUCGUUUUCGCCGUCCAUCGCGCCGGACUUGAAGUCGCUCAAUGUCAAUGUCUCGCGUGCGGCGCUGAGUGACUUCCUUCGUGCCAAAGCACCAGUCCGAGGUCAAAGUUUGAAGCAAAAAAUGCGCAGCCCUUUGAUUGACAAUCUUACCUCAUAUCUGGAGGAGCAUCUUGCUAUGAAGCUCGAUUUGGAUGGGUCGGAUCAGGCCAAGCAGCAUGUACGGCUGUCGAAGAUUGUGUGUGCUUCAUUUGUUCUUGGGGGUGAAGGCCGCCUGAAGCUGGUUGCCACUGACAAGGAUGACCAUGAGAAUAAGUCUGCCUUGGAAGCUGGUGAGACGCUUCUGAAGUUGGUAGCGAGGCGCGCGGUUGCCGGGGAUCAGCCAACUACAUGA